UUUUGCUAUAAAUAUCGCCACCCUUUCUCUUAUUUUGUACACAAAAACACACACAAAUAUAUACUUACAAGAUAAGAGCGAGCCAUGACUUUCUCUAAGGCUUUGAUUGCUUCGCUUCUUCUCUCUCUUAUUUUCUUCCACCUUGUUCAAGCUGAUGAAUUGGUGAAAGCAAAUCAAGCAGCAGCAUCUCCUCCUUAUCCUCCAACGAAGAUUGAUUGCGGUGCGGCUUGUAAGGCCAGGUGUGGGUUAUCAUCAAGGCCAAAUCUGUGCAAGAGGGCAUGCGGAACCUGCUGUGCUCGUUGCAGCUGUGUUCCUCCAGGGACUUCCGGUAACCUCGAGUCCUGUGCCUGCUAUGCCAACAUGACUACUCGUGGUGGCAGAAGAAAGUGCCCUUGAAUAUGCACAAGUACUUGAUCAUCUACAAGUAUUUGAAACAUGUGAGAUGUAACAUAUGAAAUAUUGUAAUGUUAUUACUAUAAAUAAAAAUGUUAAAAUUUCGACGACUAAAAGAA